UAUGGUUCUGGACGCCUCCAUGACUGCACGCAACCCGCAACAGCUGCUUGCAUUUAGGGGGUUUAAUUUAUAACGUAUAUUUGAUAUUAUUCUGAUGCGGAUUUAUUCCGACAAUGCAGCCCCAAAGUUAUGGAGUUAAACAAACUAGUUGGAUAGAGAAGUUACGCUUCCCGUACCGUCUUGGAAACUCUAGUCUGGAUUGGUUUGCGUAAAAAUCGAAACGUCUUUUAUCCCAGUUAUUCUGUCAACAUCUGGAUUAACCAUUCGAUGACAAAGAUUAUUUUUGAAUUUCCUUAACUCUAUGUGAUCAUUUCCUUUUUCAUAUAUGAUAGUGUGUGGACGCUUAUCCUGGAUUUUUGCUUUUUUGGAUACCAAUGAGUUCUGCAUGUAGAUUAUGCAUUCUUUAGGAUGGGUGCGAACAAUGGGAAACAGUAUGGAAGUGAGGGUAAAGGUAGCUCCAGCAUCUCCUCUGACAUUAGUUCGAGUACAGAUCACACACCGACCAAAGCUCCAAAGAAUGUGGCUACCACCGAAGACUCAGACCGCAGCACACGGACAUUGAGCACCCCCAGCCCUGGCCUCAUCCUGCCCACAAAGUCCACUUCCCUCUCCUCCCCAGCCCUAUCCAUCAAUGGCCAUGAGUCCACCUCCCCCUCUGGCUCUGCAGAGACCGUCGCCAUGGUGCACCCCCAGCCAGGCACCCAGACCCGCUCCCGCCAAUCUAAAGGCCAACACUACGCCCCCAUCGACCUCCUCCCUGAUCAUGCCCUCCUGCAGAUCUUCUCUCACCUUCCCACCAAUCAGCUGUGCUGCUGUGCACGGGUGUGCCGACACUGGUACAACCUGGCGUGGGACCCGCGCCUGUGGAGCACCGUGCGUCUGACAGGCGAGCUGCUCCAUGCCGACCGUGCCCUGAGGGUGCUGACCCACCGGCUGUGUCAGGACACCCCCAACGUGUGUCUGACCCUGGAGACAGUAGUGGCCAGCGGCUGCCGGAGGCUCACUGACCGGGGGCUGCAUGCAGUGGCUCAGUGUUGCCCGGAGCUGCGCCGCCUAGAGGUGACCGGCUGCUACAACAUCUCCAACGAGGCCGUGUUCGAGGUGGUUUCCUGUUGCCCCAACCUGGAGCACCUCAACGUCUCAGGUUGUUCCAAGGUGACCUGCAUCAGCCUCACCCAGGAGGCUUCAGUCCAGCUCUCUCCGCUGCAUGGCCAGCAGAUCUCCAUCCACUACCUGGACAUGUCUGACUGUUUUUCCCUGGAGGACCAGGGCCUCCGCACCAUUGCCUCCCACUGCCCCCGCCUCACACACCUCUACCUGCGGCGCUGUACGCGUCUCACUGACGAAGCCCUGCGCCACCUGGCUCUGCACUGCCCCUCCGUCAGGGAGCUCAGCCUCAGCGACUGCCGCCUGGUGGGGGACUUCGGCCUGCGCGAGGUGGCCCGCCUGGAGGGCUGCCUGCGCUACCUGAGUGUGGCCCACUGCAGCCGCAUCACAGACGUGGGGGUGCGCUACGUGGCUCGCUACUGCCCGCGGCUCCGCUACCUGAACGCGCGGGGCUGCGAGGGCCUCACGGACCACGGCCUGGGACACUUGGCCAGGAGCUGCCCCAAGCUCAAGUCCCUGGAUGUAGGCAAGUGCCCGUUAGUGUCAGACAGCGGGUUGGAGCAGCUGGCACUGUAUUGCCAGGGCCUGAGGAGGCUGAGCCUGAGGGCGUGCGAGAGCGUGACGGGUCGAGGUCUACGGGCCAUAGCCGCAAACUGCUGCGACUUGCAGCUGCUCAACGUACAGGACUGCGAGGUGUCGUCGGAGGCACUGCGAUUCGUUAGGCGCCACUGCAGACGCUGCGUCAUAGAGCACACGAACCCCGGGUUCUUCUGAGAGAGGGAUCACUGGAUUCACCUUCUGACAAAUGGAUAUGUUUAAAUUCCUGCUCUGGGGUUGACCAAGAAGAGGGCUGAGUUGUCAGGACUAGUUGGAAAUGGUGUGCAAUAUCCACGUGUAUUUUUUUAAGGUUAUUUGCAUGGUUAAUAAUGCUGUUCUUUGCGUACACUCACAUGGAAUGUAUUUAACAUAUUUAUCUGUAUUAAGAUGAGGCAAAUGUUUCAAUGUAUUAGACCUUGUUUGGUAUUCCUCUCACAUGUCACAUUUCGGAUGUAACGUUUGCUAUGCAAUAACAUUGAGCACUGGGUACAGAUUCAUUUCGAAUGCCUUCUCUUUACCGUUGUCUCUCUUUUGUGCUUCAUUUCAUCAACUUUAAGGAGACAGAUAUUCACCAUUACAUUGUACACAUUCCUUUUUGCGCAGGAAGUUGUUCCACACCAAACCACUAUGAAUGUAUCACUAGUCAGCUAACCCAAUAACCAGCAUAUCUGGUGACUUCUUAACCCUGUGUUCAAAUCCAAUAGGAAGAAAGGUGUAUCUUUGUCAGUCUUAAGUGCUUAUAAUGUUUCUUUUUUUGUAUGUUGUGUGCAUAUGUACUUUAUCAAAUCUAACAGACAAUCACUUCAAUUGAGCUCAAUGGUGUCAUGCGUCUUGACUAUUUUAUCUUGCAAAGUACAGUGUAUAGAAUUAGUGUAUAGACUCAAUGUAUAGACUCUGUGUAUAGACUCAGUGUACAACUACGUUUUACUACCAAAUAGAAAACAAAAGGAUUGGUGUUCUUUUGACCAGGAACAUGUUGCUGCUACAAUUAUUCUAAUAAACAGCUUUGUAAUAAACAACUCUUCAACCA